UGCACGAGCUGUUAAGAGGAUUGUAUUCUAAUCUUAUCUGUUUUAUAACUUGAAACAAACUUUUAAAGAUAUUAACAACUCGCCAAGGAAAUAAGUUUCAUAUUUGUAUAGUAAAUCAGAAUAAAAAUAGUAUUUCAUUAUUAAAAACACUUUGCUUUACACAAAGUAGUCAUAUUAUUAUUUCCAUUCUUUCUUUCAAAAAUUCGGCCAUCAAAAUGUUCCAUCGAAUAGCAUUUUUUAUGUUUCUACAUAUAACACUUUUUCACACAAUCUCCGAACAAAGUCCAAUAAUUGGUGAAACAGUUGAAGUGGAAAAAGACGAAUUUCGAAAAGAUUUUAGCUUCGUGGCAUCUAUAGGCGAUUUGAGCAUAUUAGGAGUGCAUAAAAAACGGGAGAGCCAUCACUGUGGCGGCGUACUUAUCACGAAAAGACACGUUUUAACCGCGUCACAUUGUUUACGUCACCAGGAGAUUCAUAAAAUCUUGGUUACAUUGGGAUCAACCGUUUUGAACUGUGGUCUUUCAUACGAAGUGAAGUCAUGGGUCAAUUAUACUAAUUGGGCUAAGGAAAACAGAAUAAAUGUUACGGACUUAGACGCUUAUGAUGACAUCGCUAUCAUAACGUUAUCUAGUGACGUAAAUCAUAUUAAACCAGCUGUUAUUUCAAAAUUAAACGAAAGCCAAGUUAUUGAACAACAACUCGUAACAGUUGGCUGGGGGCGAAUUGAUGAUAUAAAUGAAACUAGACCAAUGAAAUUGCGAAAGUUAUAUUUAAAUGUUUUGAAUUCGACUAAGUGCGUUAAAAUACAUAGGCAAAUAUAUAAAUCAUCGAAUUUAACGCAUAUAAACAGCUAUUGCACAUAUUCAGUCCCGUUGGCGUAUAUAUACUAUGGUGAUAGUGGCACUCCCCUUUUGUUAGAUAGUACUAAAGAAGUAGUUGGGAUCAGCACUCAUAUUGUUAUAAGAAGACGACUUGUGAAACUAUUAAGUGUAACAUCUGUGUAUAUUAAAGUUCAGGAAUACGAACAUUUUAUAAACGAUGUCGUGUCGCAGUGAAAUGAAAAUACGUCAGUUUAUAUAAUGAAUCAUAUAUAAUUCCAUUAGUUUUAUAUGUGAAUGAAAUGACUAUUAAAAUGAAAUUUACAAAAUAAAAUUACAAAUAUAGAUUUUUAUAAGCUGCUCAUUUACCGUGCUUCUGCCAAGAAUAGGAGGCAUUCGGCAACUUUAAAUAUAUUUCAAAUAUGAUUUUGUUAUUUGUUAUUAUUACUUUAAAAACAAAGUUCGUUUUGAACUCUGUAGAGAUUCAUAGGAACUUGUACGCAUUAAGAUUGGCUAUAACGGUGACGUCACAAAUAGGUCAGAAUCCAUUGCGAAUAUAAAGAGCUCAUUGUUUUUCGACUGCAGUUUUAAAUUCCAGACUAUAUAAAAUCUCAAAACAGUAAAAUUUGUUCGUAAAAAAAGAUAUUAU